GGUGACGUCACGGCGCCCAGAGCGAGGCUAGGGUAGAGAGGCCGACUGAGCUGGAGUCGUCCGCUGGUCGUGGAGGCUGCUAGGGAGCCAAGAGAGGGUGAUCGGGCGAGCAGACGAGAGAGCUAGAGCAGGCAGGAGGGAGCGUCGCGCGGCGCAGAGUAGCGCCGGGGCUGGGCCGCAGCGGAACCCACAGUCGGAGAGGGGCAGCCCGAGCCGGGCGCCGCGGGGUCCCCACCCCCACUCGGCCGGACAGUGCCGGGUGUUCCCCGUGCGGGGGGCGGCGGCUGACUGGACCGGACAGGACCUAGAGGGUGUUGCCACCUCUAACGAGGAGCCGGCGCGUCCGCGGGCUCCGAGGAGCCGGGGCCCGGGGCCCGUGACAGACCAGCGGAGGAAGGGAGAAAGGCAGCGGCGGCGGCGCAGGCGACGGGGAAGCAGCGGCGACACCAUGUCAUCCCCCAGUCCGGGCAAGAGGCGGAUGGACACAGACGUGGUCAAGCUCAUUGAGAGUAAGCAUGAGGUUACGAUCCUGGGAGGACUCAAUGAAUUUGUAGUGAAGUUUUACGGACCACAAGGAACACCGUAUGAAGGAGGAGUAUGGAAAGUUAGAGUGGAUCUUCCUGAUAAAUACCCUUUCAAAUCUCCAUCUAUAGGAUUCAUGAAUAAAAUUUUCCAUCCCAACAUUGAUGAAGCGUCAGGAACUGUGUGUCUAGAUGUAAUUAAUCAAACUUGGACAGCUCUCUAUGAUCUUACCAAUAUAUUUGAGUCCUUCCUGCCCCAGUUGUUGGCCUAUCCCAACCCCAUAGAUCCUCUCAAUGGUGACGCUGCAGCCAUGUACCUCCACCGACCAGAAGAAUACAAGCAGAAAAUUAAAGAGUACAUCCAGAAAUACGCCACGGAGGAGGCACUGAAAGAACAGGAAGAGGGCACCGGUGACAGCUCGUCGGAGAGUUCUAUGUCUGACUUUUCGGAAGAUGAGGCCCAGGAUAUGGAGUUGUAGUAGAAAAAGCACCUGCUUUUCAGAAAGACUAUUAUUUCCUAACCAUGAGAAGCAGACUAUAAUAUUCAUAUUUAAACAAAGCAAUUUUUUUUAUUACUAAACCAGGUUUUUAUGAAUAAUAGCAUUGAUAUAUAUAUAUUAUAUAUCACCCUGUAGAUCUCGAUUUCUUGGUCAUUUCUCAACCUGAGGUGCAUAGCGACCCCCACAUUCCAUGUAGGCAGCCGUCUGUGGCCCGAGUGCAUGCGUUCCUAGGUCCAUUUGGCCAAGGCAGCCUCCGUGCUACUGAACUGUCAAAAGAAAUAGCCGCUCUCAUAGAUAGACUGAGUGACAAUAACAGGAAAAAAGUUGCUUCUUUUGUUGAUGGUUCCAAAGAAACAAACCAAACCAACCAGCUCUUGGAUGUGAAGAUAGAAUAGUGCUUUUUCCAAAUGGAAAGGGAAAAAAACGGGGGAGGAGAAGGCCUGCUCUGGGAGCUUUUAGAGCCAGCCACGUGAGAAGCAGAGCUGCUCCUGCCUGAGAGCCCUGCCUAGGUGGCCCCAUUUCUGUGGAGUAACAGUAUAAAACAGGGAGCUAAUUGGAGUAGUGAAACGUAAAAACCAUUUUUUGGCUCGGAUUUUCAGUACAUUUUAUAUGUAGAUUCCUGCCCUUCUCGCUGCCUGGCCCUGCAGCCACGAGUGUUUUGCUUUGGAGAACCUUGGGGAAGUGUUUUCUGAACCUGAUUCUUUUUCAUGGGGUAGAGUUUGUAACCCAGACCUUUUUGGAGGGGACAGGACAGGAAGAGAAACGGGACUGGAAAGAUGUUUCCUCUGAUCCAGCAUGUAUGGAGUCACAUCCUCGGCCUUCUGGUGGCCGUUUUGAGACCGCUACCCUGGACUAAGCUUUAAAUUUGAAGGUGAUUGUGGGUUGUUUUUGUUUUGAGGGUUUGGUGGGGUUUUUUGUUUGUUUUUGGUGUGUGUGUGAAUUGUGCUUAGACAGGUUGCAGAUUUAAUCUUCACCUACCAAGAGAUGGCCUCCUCCUUGGACAGCCGCUCAGUGGACCAUUAGAUUCGGGAAGGACCCGUCUGGUGGCUGGGACUCCUGGGGACGCAUCCACAUUUCAGUUUGUUUUUCCUUCUGCUGCUGCUUUUGGCAGCCACCUGGUCAUCACCUGCUUGCGUGAGUGGGAAGUGGAUAUUUUAGACCCAACACACAUUCUAAAUUUCAAAUGAGUAAUAAUUGGAACAAAUAAAGGUUCUUGUACCCAAAGUGACUCUACAUGGGGAAAACAAACAAAGCUUUUUUCAGAGAGUGACUGAAGAGGAGGAAAGGAUUCAGACAUACGAUGUAGUAGUAAGACAGGUUUUGAAGGAAGAAAAUCUCCUGUAUAUGUUAAGAGGAAAUCAGACAGUUUAAAAUGCCUGCUAAUCAAAUGUUUACUCAGCUAACCAUAUGUUCCAGGUGCUGGCAGAGUUCCUUUCAAAUCUGCGUGUUGCCUGCUGAAUUUGGAGAGCUCUAGACAGCACCUCUGUUCUUUUUGUGCCGCAACCAAUUUGACAAGAGCAGAAUUAGCCAAUCCUAAAACCUAAAGACAAUUUUUGAACGUCCCACUGGGAUGGAUAAUUUUUUUUUCUGAUGUGUGUUUUUAGUUUAGAAGUGCUAUAUUCCACAAGAUUUGAGUUGGUGAGGUUGGAAGAUAUCUUUUUUUUUUAAUUCAAAAAGCACAAUCAGUCUUUUCUUUGAAUAUCUAUAUAAAGUACAACUUGCUUUUAGCAUGAUUAUUUUCCUAAAUAAAAAAAAAAGCAAAGAAUUUACUUAUUUUAUGUUAAUGACGGGCAUGAAGCAAAAGGUUUUCUUUAAUAAAAACAAUGUAAGGUGCAGUUCUGUAGGGCUGUGGUUAACUGUACUGAGUUGUCUGUCUAGCAUCUGUGGCCUGGGGGAAGGGUAGUAUUAACUAUUUAACAUGUAAUGGUGUACUUUCACUCUUAUCUAGCACGUUGUCUUCUCAGUACUGUGGGGGAGGGAGGGUCUCUGCUGGCUUACCUGCUGGAUUAGCAGUUUGCUUGUGCUGUAACCGUUACUGUAGGUGCGACUUAGGGUAGGCUUAAAGUGCUGGGUGGUGAUUUGAGUUCAAACAAUAAAAAAUUGUAUUUUUCAAUAUGGUAUAAACAGUAGUGUUCUAAAUACCUUU